AUAGUGGAAUUUGUAAAAAUGAUACUGAUACUGUUGGCCAUUUGCCUGGUCCUAAGUGCGGUGCAAUACUUUCGAUUCCGACGAGGCAUAUCAUUUGCAAAGAAUAUACCAUCCGUGGAACCGGUUUACCCAAUCGUUGGAAAUGGAUUACUGUUUCUGGGAAAAAGUGAUGAAGAAUUGUUUACCAAUUUCUCCCAGGCGUUGAACCAUCCUGGCAAACUGUUUCAGAUAUGGUUGGGAGUCGUUCCGCUAAUUUGCACCAACGAUCCGGGCGUUGCGCAGAAAAUUCUUACCCAGUGCCUCGAGAAACCGUUUUUGUACGAUUUCUUCAAACUUGAUCAUGGACUGUUCUCCGCGCAUUAUCACAUCUGGAAGGACCAACGGAAAUCGUUGAACUCCACGUUCAACCAACGAAUCCUGAAUGGGUUCCUUCCAGUGUUCGAUCAAUGUGCCCGGAAUUUGGUGGAGAAACUCCAGUCCUGUCCAAAGGGAGAGCCGAUCAAGAUCAUUGACUACACGUUGCGAUGCACCCUGGAGAUGGUUUGUGGAACGACGUUCGGAGUGGAUAUCAACAAAAAUCCGGGAGUGGAUAAGCUGUCUAGCUUGAUUACGGAGAUUUUUCACCUGGCCUCGAAGCGUGUCCUGAAGAUGCAUUUGUUCUGGGAAAGAAUUUAUCGAAUGACCGGUGAUUAUCGGCUGGACGUAAAGUUGAGAAAAGAGGCCUACUACUAUAUAGAUCGGAUCGUUCAGGAUGCCUUAGUACGGAAAAAUAAAAAAGUAACCUUUAGCGCAAACAGCGACACCGAAAGCGACGGCUAUCGGAAGCCGCAGAUAUUUGUCGAUCAGCUUCUCGAACAUCAGGGUGGCAACAAUUUCUCCGAGAUCGAGAUUCAUCACAAUGUUUAUACAAUGAUCGUUGCGGGCAGCGACACUUCCGGCAACGAAAUGGGCUACAUUGCCCUCAUGCUGGCCUUACAUCCGGAGUUGCAGGAGAAAGUGUACCGUGAAAUAGUGGAAGUAUUCCCAACCGAGACCGAAUUCACCUUGGACAACCUUCGUCGACUUGAGUACAUGGAAAUGUUCAUCAAGGAGUGCCUACGGUUGCUACCGAUUGGACCGCACAUUAUGCGGCAGUCAACGGCUGACAUCGAGCUUGAUGGGGUUGUCGUGCCGGAGGGUAACAUUCUGGUUGUCAGCAUUUACAACAUACACCGAAGGAAGGACAUUUGGGGACCGGAUGCGGACAAGUUCAAUCCGGAGAACUUUUCGCCGGAGCGCAGUGAAGGACGACACCCGUUUGCGUUCAUUCCGUUCAGCGGAGGCAACCGGAACUGUAUCGGAUCUCGUUACGCAAUGUACAGCAUGAAGAUCAUCUUGGUGCAUCUUUUGAGGAACUUCAAAUUCCUGACACGUCAGCGCUUCGAUGAUAUCCGGUUUCAGUUUGAUGCUUUGUUGAAAAUGACACACGAACCGGAAAUCUUGUUGGAACGACGACAACGUUCGGCAAUACAGAAGGAAUGAACU